UGGGCUGCAGUCCAUGGGGUCACAAAGAGUCAGACACAAGUGAGUUGACUAAGCAUUUACACACAUGAUAUACUACAAAGAGAAGAAGAAUUAAGGAAUUUUGUAGUUUUCCAUUUUGUCUCUGGAAAAUUUGUUGACUGAUAAAUUUUCAUUUUUGAUAAUGUGUUGUCUAUAGAAAGAUACAGAUUGAUGAGAAAUCAGUAAUGUUCUAUAUUUUAUUUUAGAUGGAGAUUGUAAAAAGCUUCCUUCAGAAAUAUUUGCAGAGAUAGAGACCUGUCUGAAUGAGGUCAGAGAUGAAAUUUUUAUUAGACUUCAACCUCAGCUUAGAUGUACAUUAGGUGAUAUGGAAAGCCCUGUGUUUGCAUUUCCCCUGCUCUUAAAAAUAGAACCCCACAUUGAACAGCUCUUCACAUACUCUUUUUCUUGGAAUUUUGAAUGUUCACACUGUGGGCACAAGUAUCAAAACAGAUAUAUGAAGAAUCUGGUCACCUUUACAAAUGUCAUCCCUGAGUGGCACCCACUCAAGGCUGCCCAUUUUGGUCCGUGUAACAAUUGCAACAAUAAGUCACAAAUAAGAAAAAUGGUAUUAGAAAAAGUCUCUCUCGUAUUCAUGUUGCACUUUGUGGAAGGCUUACCCCAUAAUGACUUGCAGCGCUAUUCAUUUCAUUCUGAAGGCUGUCUUUAUCAAGUAACCUCUGUAAUUCAGUACCAAGCAAAUAAUCAUUUUAUAACAUGGAUUUUAGAUGCUGAUGGAAGUUGGCUAGAAUGUGAUGACUUAAAAGGCCUGUGUUCUGAAAGGCAUGAGACAUUUCAGGUUCCUGCUUUGGAGAUACAUAUUGUUAUUUGGGAAAGAAAAAUAUCCCAGAUGACAGAUAAAGCAUCUGCCUGCCAUCCACUUAAAAAGACUAGUGACCAGUACACUUUCGGCGAUGAGAAGCAAGCGUCUCCAGCAGCAUGUUCUGCAGGCAAAGCUGCCUUAGCUGAACCGUCCUCAGGAACACAUCCCACAGGUGUGUCCAUGGUUCCUAAUACCCUCUCACAGGAUGAAGCUGUAGCUCCUGGACAUCAUUCCCUUCCAGAUCUGAAAGGUUCAGUUGACAGCAGUAUCUUACCUUUGACACAUGAAGAAGUACAGUCCAACUCUGAAGGUUUUUUAUUAGAACACAAACCUGUGGCAGAAAAUACAGGGGUUGUUGAAGCAAACACUUUGCAGUCAGAGGAGCCACUCACAGCUCUUUUAGUGGCCCCAUCCGAGGACAAGUUUACCCACAACCAGUCUAUGGAUUUAAGCUUUUCAUCCCAACUGUUAACUAUGCCAUCUGUACAAGUGACUACAGAAGAUGCUGUAGUUACUCAGCCUGUGGAUGAUACUCAUGCUGCUGACCUUACACAGCAAGUAAAGUCAGUUGACACUGAGGGCAGAGUUGCCCUAGAGAGGAAUGCUUCAUUGAAACAAUUUCUUGCACCAGAAACUGAGAAGUUAAAUCCAGAACAGCAUGUUACAUCUCAGGUAUCUGAUUGGAAGGAAAAAGAAACCACAGCAUUUUCUCAAACUGUAACAGCUAAGCCGUUACAGAAUCCACCUCUGAAAGAGAAUCAGAAGAAACCAUUUGUGGGAAGUUGGGUUAAAGGCUUAUUAAGCAAGGGUGUUUCUUUUAUGCCAUCUUGUGUUUCAGCUCAUAACAGAAACACUGUGACUGAUUUGCAGCCUUCAGUUAAGGGGGCAAGUAAUUUUGGUGGCUUUAAAACUAAAGGUUCAAGACAAAAGGCCAGCCAGGCCUCCAGGAAAGCUCACAGGAGGGCAGCCAAGCCGCCUCUGGUGAGUAACUCUCCUCCAAGCCAUCAGUCACCAGCCAGCACAGCUUCCCCUCCCCGCGCUGAUGGCACUGGUGAUUUGGAAGUUUUGAAGAGAUGUGAAAGCACCUCCUGUGGAGCUCACCUCAACCACAAUUCUCAUGGAAAUGAAAAUGGUGUUUCUUCACCAAACCAUGGAGACACAGUUGAGGGUCAGAUUCAUAAACUCCGUCUAAAACUUCUUAAAAAACUUAAGGCAAAAAAGAAGAAAUUAGCUGCUCUGAUGUCUUCCCCCCAGAACGGAACACUUCCAAGUGAACCUUCAGAACAGGUAUCCCAUUGUGGGUCUCCAAAUGGCAGUGAGUCAAUAGAAGGCUUGCUGCAAGAACUGCAGCGUCAAAUUGACAUUGCCGAUAAUAAAUCAGGGUGUGCCACAGCUCCCGGUGUUUCCCCAUACGGCGGUCAGACGCACGAAGAAAUUCUAGCAGAAUUACUGUCCCCCACCAGUGUGGUUUCAACAGAGCUUUCAGAAAACGGGGAGGCUGACUUCACAUAUUUAGAAAUGGGAGAUAGUCUCAACCCGGCACCAGUUCCCAAUGGAUUAAACAGUAUUCCCCACAACACACAUCUGAGGCAGGAGCAUAAUUACUGUAGCCCCACCAAGAAAAACCAGAGUGAACUUCAGCCAUAUUCACUCACAAAUAAUGCCUCUAUUAGAACAUUGAACUCGGAAAGUCCCAUGAAGACUGAUAUCUUUGAUGAGUUUUUUUCUGCUUCAGCGUUUAAUUCUUUAGCAAAUGAUGCAUUAGACUUACCUCAUUUUGAUGAAUAUUUGUUUGAGAAUUGUUGAGUGCUUUUGGCUCUUUUUAGUUUAAUAUUUAUUACUACUCUUGGAAAAAUGUACUGUAUUUCUAGGUAAUGUUUGACACACUGGCCUUGUCACGAACAAAAUGUAAGCUACUGAAGGUUUUACCUCUCCAGUAUUCUUACCUGAAGAAUCCCAUGGACAGAGGAGCCUGGCGGGCUACAGUCAUGGGGUUGCAGAGUCGGACAUGACCGAGGCGACUUAGCAGUAGUAGCGGCAUGCCUGUGAAACCUGUGAUCUAUUUUAUAAGUUUAAAAGAUGAUGAAUGUGUUCUCCUUUUUGGCUUCAUUUUGUGGUUGUAGGUGAAUGAGGAUUUGAAAAUGUUAAAAAUGAAAAGUAGUGUAUAGUUUCUAGCAAUUUGUACAGUUGGGUACACUGAAUUUCUACAUUUCAAAUUUUAGUUUCGUUGGUUCAGGAAAAACACUAGUUGAUACAAAAGUGACUGUAUAUGGUAUGUGAACAUGUGACUGUUUUUGCUAGUGGUGCUGUGGUCUUAGAUAAGAGCCUAAGCAUGUUUCUUGUACCAGUAGAGUGGUAUAGAAUGUAAACUUCCCCUCCAUACAAUUUGUCUCCUCUUUCUGUCCUUAAGAUGGCAGGAAACUUGUAACUAGAAUGUUGCAUAAUGUUGUGAUAAAAAAAUGAUCUGUAAAAGGAAAAAGUAAUGUAUGUUUGUGUUGAUGUGCUAAGAGAUUAUAAGUAUCAUCUUUCUCCCCUAAGACACUUAUUUCUGUAGCCAAAGUGGAACACACCAUCUAAUAGUUAUGCUUUGGCAGAAAUAGCCAGUACAUGUAAGGCUUGCAUAUGUUGGGUUCUAUUAUAAAUGAAAUGUUAAUUCAUUUAAACCUCAACGUUCCUAUGAGCAGAGUACUCUUAACCACCUUUGACAGUUAAGGAAACGCCAUUGAGCUAAUAAGUUGUAGAGCUGGGAAUGAGUAGAGUGGUCACUACCGCAGUAAGAGGUGCAGAACUCACAUGUUCCACCUGUAGCUUCCUUUAAACUCCGGGUGCCCAAACAGCACCUCCUGCUGUAUUGAUUUGAAUUAGUAGCAGAGUUACCAAGGUUUAAGAGUGGCCAUCUUGGGGAAAGAAUACUUUGCUAGGGAUUCAGAACUUCAGAAUUGAUUCAUCAAAUUUACUUCCAAACCUCCCUCCCUUCCCUUUUUUCUGAUUCCAAAAGUGACACGUGUUUAUUAUAAGGGAAAACACAAGAAAACACCAAGAUUUCAGAGUAUUCAUCUUAACAUUUAGUGAUAAUAACUACUGCAGACAUUUUCAUGUUUUUAUGCAUUUAGACUUUUAAGAAAUAAAAGCUUCUGUUGUGCCUGUUUGUUAAUGAUCUGUGUUCAUGUUUAAUGAGCAUUUUUUCCCAUCUUUAGUUUUUGACACCUUUCGGAUAGCUACAUAAUGUUACAUUGUAUUACCACUGUUUCAUCAAUUUAUAUUUUGAAGUGAUUUGUACUGUUUUGUUCUUGUUAAUUAUACUUAUUGACAAAAAUUUUCACAGGUCCGGGUUUUAUUUUCUGGGAGUGGAAUUGCUGGGUCGAAGAAUAUGCACUUUUAUUUUUGGCCUUUUAAUAAUGACUUGAGUCGUUUUGCUGAAUCCUCAUCAGCUCCAGAAAGUAGCAUUGGGCGGGGGAGGGAGAACCUUGGCUGAUUUUGGUUACCUUUCCAUGGUGACUAGUGAGGCUGAAUAUUUUCUGUAACUCUUAGCCAUUUGAGUGUCUUUGAGGCAUUGCUUAUCCAUCCUUUACUUGUUAUUAAUUAUUCAUUCAAAUAUUUCUAGGUUUCUGCUGAAUGUCAAGCAUUCUUGUAAACCUCAGAUAUAAGGCAAUAAAAAAAUAAUAAAA